AAGUUUACAUACACACAGUAUGUUGACCCACAGACAGACUGUCAGUGUGAGCACUCCACUGCACCACUGAACCGUCACUCCUCUGUUUUGUGGCCGUGGUUUCAAAGUUUCUUCCCAGAUGAACUCGUCAUCAUCAAACCUCUGUGUCAUCGUCAACAACUUCUAGUUCAAACCGAUGUUCUUGAUUCCAGACUUUGACGUCACAGUAUGAAUGUGUGUGACUGGUUCUACUGGAGCUGCUCCGACCAAAGGAGCUCCUUCACGGGGUGUGAAGAGAACACAGACGGAACGGGAACCUCCAGGGACUCGAUGCAUGUUCAAACACGCAGGUUCCGCACACGUCGCGCCGUCACUCGAUCUGCCGCCGUACAAACUUAUGACACGGUCGGUCUGGCCCCGCGGCUCGGAGCGCGGUCGUGGAACAAACACAUGGACACAAAACGCACGCGUCUACGCACGCGAUCACAGAUCGACUCUGGUUCCGUCCUCGAAGCCGAGAGACAGCCUCCACAGGCGGCUGAGGCAGCGUGGAAAUGUCUGCAGCGGCAUGAACUCCUCCGCCUCUUCUCCUCCGCCUCUUCUCCUCCGUCUCUUCUCCUCCUUCCUCCGGUUCACCUCCAACUCUCACUGGUGACCAGCUCUCAUCGUUUCAGCAUUUUUUUCUUCCAGAUGCCUCAUCCCUCAGGUGCAGUGACUCUGUUCUGGCUGCUGCGCUGCUCCACUCUCUCCUCCUCCUCCUCCUCUCCUCCCGUCAGCGGCGGCAGCAGCAGGCGGACAGGAGGGCGGUGCGACUGGAUUGGUGCGCUCCAGCGGUGCAUACGUGGCACGGAUGACCAGAUCCCCGGCUUCACCUGUCACCGAAAGACAAAGUGCAUCGUAUUUGAAAAAGGUUCCGGAGGAGAAUGA